AUGCUUCGAAUACCAUAUUCUGAUUCUUCAGAAUUUAUAUCAUUGUACGAAGCUAGAAACGAUUAUUUAACAAUUAAUCGAAAUAUAAUAAAUAAUCAAAUGAAGAUUAUAGACAGUCGUAUAAAGGCUAUAAAUGAAAAAAUUGAAAUAAUAUUGUAUUGGUUCUUUGAUUUGUUAGAAAAACACGAAUCAAAAUAUAAUAUAUGUUUAGAAGUAGGAACUACUUUUAAAUGUUUAAAAUGUGUUUUUCAUUCUCAUUCCGAUUGUUUGAUGCAAUGGUACAAAGUUUGUGAUGCGUUACGAUGUCCGGGUUGUAGAUUUGAUUUGUAA